CAAAGACCUUUUUCGCUAUAUAAUCUAUCACUCCAUAGAGUAUUUUGUUUCUCUGGAAAAAGGAAAAAAUAACCGUUUGUUGUGUGGUGUUCGUUGCUGGAUAGUCAUAAACCGAUUACUGACUAGUUUUUGCCUAUUCACUGGAAUUUUCACCUAUUUUAAACAAUUUGUGCAAUAAAUAGAUAAAUGGAUGAAGAUGUUUUCUUGUGGCCAAUAACUGAUAUCGAUUUCCCUAAUCGUGAACAUCCUGAUAUCCACUUAACAUCAAAAAAUUCAUUCGAUUCUAAUCAUUCUGAAUCAAUUGCUAUCUGGAGAAAGGUUGCUCGGAAAGCUUUCCAUUUGAAUAAAGAUCCUUGGGACGAUUUUGAUGUUGACAAUGUAAAUAUUAAAUCCGAGUUAGCUAUUAGAUAUAAAUACCACCCAAAGACUCAAGAAUGGGCCCAUCAAAACAUUCGCGUUAAACUCGAGGACCAACCUUUUGAUUCUGGUGCUCAAAGGCUUUGCUUUAGAUUGAAAAAGAUUCCGACGGCAUAUGACAAAGACGGAAACAUUAUCGUAAAUGAUGAAGAAAAUGAUUGCCACGAGAAAUGGAAAAGUGGUUCUAAUUACAUAGCGAAAUGUUACAAAGAACCAACGCCUAAAACCACCUACAUUAAGGAUGUCCAACUACAAAUGGACGCUAAAUUAUGGGGCGAAGAAUAUAGUAGGCAUAAACCACCCAAACCGGUUGACAUACUUCAAAUGACAUACAUAGAAUUUCCCGAAAGACAGAGUGACAAAUUUUAUCAUUUAGAACGGUACAUAGAAGGAGAAUACAUCAAAUACAAUUCAAACACUGGUUUCGUAAGGGACGAAAACGUUAGAAUGACACCACAAGCUUUUAGUCAUUUUACCUUUGAACGCUCUGGACACGCUUUGUUAGUGGUUGACAUACAAGGUGUGGGCGAUUUAUGGACCGACCCUCAAAUACACACUGCUGACGGCAUAGAAUAUAAUGACGGAAAUUUAGGGAUUCGAGGUAUAGCCUUGUUUUUCCAUUCCCAUGUCUGCAAUCAAAUUUGCCAAAGUCUCAAGCUUUCCCAAUUUGAUCUUUCUCCCCGAGAAUUGUCAGAACACCGAAAAUUUGUUUGUUCCAUGAAGGAUUCAAAGACGCAAAUAAAGGGUGAUCAUGAAAUCUGCGUUAGUCCGAAACAAUCUCAAUUAUUAGACAUUAAAAUCAGUAUUCAUCCGAAUCACGAAACUAAUGGCAAUACUCUUGAAGAAUAUCAGAAAAUCGAAAGCGAAAUAUUAUUUCAUCAAACUCGUCUGAGGCAUAGACCCUCGUGCGUCGAAAACGAAAUUGACCUAAUAGUGUUGGAUAAUGAGUUUAGCGAUCCACUCUUUCGGUAUACCGAGACUUCUAUCCUAGGAAAAGUUCAUUUGGACCUAUGUAGAUGUCAUGAAAACGGUAGAUUUCUUGCCGAUAAAAACCAAAGCUUAUUGUCAGACCUAGAAUCCGCUUUUUAUCAUCUAAGAUUAGCGGCCAAGUGUCAAAUCGCCGAAGCUUGCUUAGCCCUAGCAAAAAUUUACCUCGAUAUGCCAAGGGAUACGUUGCAGGAUUAUAGGAUUGUUGAUAAAACUGACAUACAUAAGGUAGAACAAGGUAACAAGUAUAUGGAAGAAGCAGCUAUAUUAGGGGAUAGGUGUGCUAUGCUCCAUUUGGCCAAAGCUUUCCAAACUGAUAUCGAAAACCAAACAUCCAUUAAGAAAUCUCUCCAUUGGUAUAAUAAAGCCAUAGAAUGCGAGGAAAACGCCCUAAAUAAUUUUUCGGACGUUGUCUCGAUGGAACAACCUAUAUAUCUGCUCUACGCUGACAUGGCAAAAUUAUACAAAGAUUACUUUAUCGACGAGAGCCAAAACCUAACACUUGCUGACGUGAGACGUCUCAAAUAUUCGCGCGUCAAUAAAAAAAGCAUUAUUCAAAAUGUGCGUAUUCGCGUCACUCAUUUUUUUAAAUUGCCUGCGAAGACAAAUAUCUCAAUCUAUUCGAGCGAUGGUUUGGCCGAAUGUUACAAUAAAGCAGCCGAAUAUGCCAUGAAAAAUAUGAAAGGAAAUCUGGCUAACAAAUAUUUUAUCUUGGCCGAAGAAUGUGGGAGUUAAUAUAUUAUAUUUUUUAUAAAACUUUUUUUUAAAUUAAAUUUAAUAUAUAAAAAAAAUUGUUUUGUAUUAUCGAUGAUUUCAUAUUCUUUAGCUAUUAUAUUUAAACCAAUAUGUUUAAAUUUAUUUUAUCAUUGCAACAUCAUUA